AAAAACACCCGAGUGCUACUUAAGCACUCUCACGCACGUGACGUUUUGUAUUUGCAGGACCGUUGCGCGCUGAAGUGGCCAUGGCGCCUUUUACGCACUGCAGGUAACCAGCAUUUUGGGGGAUCAAACCACAAACAAAAGCAUGGAUUAAACACGCGCUUCACGUUUUUAACCCCGGAGAGCUCAGGAGAGGCAAAUGGCGGCAGUUCGUAGAAAAUUUGGAGAAGACUACCAGGUGGUUAACACAAACCGGGCAACUGCUUUUGCGGCGCCGGCGAAGAAGAAACGGCAACGCUUCGUGGAGAAGAACGGCCGCUGCAACGUGCAGCACGGAAACCUGGGCGGAGAAACCAGCAGGUACCUGUCGGACCUGUUCACCACUUUGGUAGAUCUGAAGUGGAGGUGGAAUCUGCUCAUCUUCAUCCUAACGUACACGAUCGCGUGGCUGGUGAUGGCAUUCAUGUGGUGGAUCAUCGCUUACAUCAGAGGAGACUUAAAUCACGGCCACGACGCGUCCUACACGCCCUGCGUGGCCAACGUGUACAACUUUCCCUCAGCUUUCCUCUUUUUUAUCGAGACGGAAGCGACGAUCGGAUACGGAUACCGGUACAUCACGGAGAAGUGUCCGGAGGGUAUCAUCCUCUUCUUGUUCCAGUCGUUGCUGGGCUCCAUCGUGGACGCGUUUCUUAUCGGCUGCAUGUUCAUCAAAAUGUCCCAGCCGAAGAAACGCGCGGAGACGCUGAUGUUCAGCCAAGACGCGGUGAUUUCCCAAAGAGACGGCAAACUGUGCCUCAUGUUCCGAGUGGGAAACCUGCGCAACAGCCACAUGGUGUCCGCUCAGAUCAGGUGCAAACUCAUAAAGUCUCGUCAGACUCCCGAGGGUGAGUUCCUGCCUCUGGACCAGUGUGAGUUGGACGUGGGCUUUGGGACAGGUGCCGACCAGCUCUUCCUGGUGUCCCCUCUCACCAUCUGCCACGAAAUUAAUCCCAAGAGCCCCUUUUUCGACCUUUCCCAGCGAUCCCUCACCAACGAGCAGUUUGAGAUUGUGGUUAUCCUCGAGGGCAUCGUGGAAACCACCGGUAUGACCUGCCAGGCCCGCACGUCAUACACCGAAGAUGAAGUUUUAUGGGGCCAUCGCUUCCUGCCAGUUAUGUCUCUGGAGGAAGGCUUUUUCAGAGUGGAUUACUCUCAGUUCCACAGCACGUUCGAGGUACCAACCCCACCGUACAGCAUGAAGGAGUACGAAGAGAAGAACUCACUGCCCUCCCCUCUACCCACGCCCAACCUGGCUCUGACUGAGAGUCACGGAUCCCAUCGCGACCGUGUACUUUCCGUGGACUGCAUCAACAUUUCAGAGGAAAUGUGCCGUCAGAGGGGAGCCGGCGGUCGGCUGCCGAGCAAACUGCAGAGGAUGAGUUCAACGGGGAAGGAGGACCUGCAGAGGAAGGUGCUUCUGCUGACCUCCCAGCACUCUGAGAAGGCCUGCAGCACAGGAGACCUGCCUCUCAAGAUACAACGCCUCAGCUCCUCGCCUGGCGCCGAGCCAGAAAACCGGCUGCAGCUCAAGUCCCUCAAGGUGGGUUUUGAACCCAUGACCCAGUCUACCGGAGACCUGUACCAACAAAGUCUGACGCCCACGCUGAUCACUGCUUCUGUGCCCAUGCACAGUCCAGUACUGCUCGCUGGAUCCAGGAAAGAGGACAACCUUCCAGCUAAGCUACGAAAAAUGAACGCUGAUCGCUGAAACCCAAAACAGACCAACC